AGGUACUAAAUGGAAAAUUAUUUUAAAAAUAAAAUAAAAUAAUAUUUUGUAUGUCGAGAUUGGUCGAGACGUCAACUCGGUAGGAAGAAAGAAAUAAGUUGUUGUAAGCAUGUAUUGAAGGUUUUGUCCAACCAAACCGGAUAAGAGAUGUUUUUUGUGGGAUUAUUCGUACAUUUUGUGUUUUUGUUUUCUAUAUUUGACAUAUAUUUUAAAUCACCUAUUGUAAAAAAUGUGGAGCCUUAUCAGCCCCGGCAUGAACAUUUAGCCGAAAGGCUGGUCCUUUUCGUAGUGGAUGGACUAAGAGCGGAAUCAUUCUUAAAUUACACUACAAUGCCCUACCUGAGAUCUGUGGCAAAUUCUUAUGGCAGAUGGGGAAUAUCUAAUACUCAAGUUCCAACAGAAUCACGUCCAGGUCAUGUGGCAGUAAUUGCAGGCUUUUAUGAAGACCCGUCAGCUGUAGCAAAAGGCUGGAAAGAAAACCCUGUUGAUUUUGAUUCAGUAUUUAAUCAAACAUUCUACACUUGGUGUUGGGGUACUUAUGACAUAGUGAAUAUAUUCACCAAAGCAAACAUUGAUGAUCACAUAGUUGUCCAUGACUUUGACCCUUAUGAUCAGAGCUUCAGUACAGAUAAAAAUACAACAUUAUUGGACGCAUGGGUUUUUGACAAAGUGAAAAACUUUUUUCAUAAUGCAAAGAGUAAUGAUAUUCUUAAAGAAAAAUUGCAAAGCAAUAAAAUCAUAUUCUUCUUGCAUCUUUUGGGAACAGAUACUGCUGGGCAUACACAUAAGCCAAAGACACAGAAUUUUUUAUCAACCUUGAAAUAUGUUGACGAAGGAAUAAAGGAAAUAGAACAAGUUAUUCGAGAUUAUUAUGGUGAUGAUGGCAAGACCACAUUUUUGAUGACCUCAGACCAUGGCAUGACCGAUUGGGGUUCACAUGGGGCUGGUGAUGAUCAUGAAACACAAACCCCUUAUGUCAUAUGGGGCUCAGGCGUGAAACAAACAGAAAUGCAGCAAGGAGAUCCUGAAACAAUUGGAAUGUCUUUGGAUCAUAGACUAGAUAUAAAUCAAGUGGACUUGUCCCCCAUUAUGUCUACAAUUCUUUCUAUUCCAGUUCCUGUCAAUUCAAGAGGGAAACUAACAACUGAACUAUUUGAUAUGACCCUGUCUAACAAAGCUAAAGCUAUAUAUAGUAAUAGUAGGCAAUUAGCAUCACAAUAUAAUAAGAAAAGACUUGAUGUGGAGGAACAUGCUAUUGCUUAUAUAUACCAACCUUAUGAACCAUUUAGUAAAGCAAAAUACCAAGAGCUUAUUGAAUUCACAGAAAAGCUAGUUGCUGAUGAAGAUUAUGAGAAAUUGAUAAUGUUAAGUGAGGAGAUUAUACAAUUGAGUCUUUCAGGGCUGACAUAUUAUCAUAAUUACUACCAACAACCAUUACUCAUAUUGGUUACUUUAUCGUUUUUGGGAUGGAUAGCAUGUUUACUAAGACAGUUAUCAGAACAAAGGUUUCAUACUCAAACAGGAACUUCAAUUUUGAAGAGUUUUGCAUCUCCGAAAAAACAGACAUUCCUUGAUAUAAUAUCUGCAUUCCUAUGCUUUGUAUCAGUUUAUUUAGUCUGUGUUCAGCAUUUACCACUGCAGUACAAUUUGUAUACCUUGAUGCCCAUUUUUUUGUGGUGGUAUGCCCUAUCAUCGCAAUCCCUUUGGUUACUGGUGAAAAGCCAGUUCAGAAAAAACAGAAAUACUAAAAUGUUUUUAAUUCAAGUUGUAUGUUAUACCCUCGGUUCUGUUGCAUUGGGUUUGUCAUUUACACACAGGUGGAUGUUGAGCAUUCCACUUGUGGGUAUGGCUGUGUGGCCAUUUCUUUCUUCGACAAGACAUCAAUUAACAAAGCCAGUACUUGUUGCUUGGCCUGUUGGGUGUCUGCUACUUAGUGUGUUCUCUUUCAUGCCUGUCGUGGGCAAGAAUGUUAACAUUGAUCUAGUCAUAACUGCUGGUAUUAUUUGGUUAAUUGCAACUAUGCUGUAUAUUUAUAAAAUACUAUUACCACUCUGUUCCAAUAAUGAUGAGAAUAACCGCGAAAUUGUACUCUCUGUGAUUCAAGCAGUAUUAUUAAUGACAUCCCUUCAUAAUAUUUAUGUUCAAUCUAAAAGAUUUGAACAAGGCACACCAGUAUUACAUUCUUAUCAAGCUCUAGCAUGGGUUACAGCAGUUAUUUGCCUGGUGCUACCACUCCUAUUUACAAGAAGACUGAUUUGUCGCCUCAUGGCAAUUAACACAUCAAUUCUGAACUUUUACCUGCUUUUAUCAGUCUCACAUGAAGGGCUCUUUAUAGUUGCUCUAAUUAUGAAUUUGAUGUGUUGGAUAUUUAUUGAGUUUAGAUUGAAGCAUGCACACAAUAUGAGGCUAGUCGAGACCACUUUUGAAAAGGACAAUAGUGAACGAAAGAAAAUCCCUAUAAUCGAGAGAGAAAUAUGUGGCCAAGACUUUAGACGAGCAUACUUUUGUGUAUUGUACAUUAUUUUAGCGUUUUUUGGUACAGGUAACAUAGCAUCACUGAACUCAUUUGAAGUCAGAUGGGUGACCUGUUUUAUCACAUCGUUCCAGCCCUUUAUAAUAACAACACUCAUAUUAUUGAAAACUUUGGCACCUAUUUUGAGUGUAGGGUGCUGUUUUAGAGCUGUACAGCAUUUAACUAAGGCACCUGCUGGUUAUUUAAAUAUCAUGGUACUGAUAUUUUCAAACUUAAUGGGAGUACAGCUGUUAUAUAAUGUAAAAAAUACUGGAAGCUGGCUUGAGAUUGGAACAUCUAUUUCUCAGUUUGUCAUUGUGCAAGUGAUCACAUUGUUUAUUGUUAUUAUAAAUCAAAUAGCGACAUCGCUAACUGAUUUGAGUAUCUAUAGUCUUACUGAUAAGUUAUUUAAAAGUCGAAAAAAAUAUGUGUAAAAAAACUGAGUUUUAUUCUUAUAAUUAGGUUUUAUUUCAUUAUAUUAGUUUGUAAGUUUACAAGUAUAGUUCGAAGUCUAUUCUAUUGGAUGUGUAGAACUGACUGUCUUCGCCUUGCUUUCUAACCCAAACACCAGUUUUGAAGUAUCCCUCUGAUGACCAUUUUUGCAUUUGUUCAGUAGAAUGAGGUCCUGACGUGUCUUCAUCAUUCUGAUUCCACUUGAAUUCCCAUUUCACUUCUUGCUGUUCUUCCUCCUCAUCCUUCUUCUCAGUUUCAGUUCCAGCUGGAUUAUUUUUGUCCAAAACACUCUUUUCCUUUUGAUCAAAGUCAUCAGCGUACAUAUCCAAAUCAGUGUCUUCUUUUUUAUUUUCAUGCUUAGCUAUAACAGCCUCAAUUUUUUCAUAUGUUUCUUGGUAAAUGUCCAUGUUACCCAGCUUGGUCAGGAUUUGGUUAGCCAGCUCUGUUACUCUAGUAACAAUUGUACUAUUUUCAUCAACAAUACCUGCUUUUUUCCUUUUCCAGCGCUCUGCACUUGAUAUUUUGGAGCUUGCACCUGAAAAUAUAACAUGUACUUGCUGUAGUGUUAUUGUAAUAAGGUUUUAAGUGGAGUAGUUGUUCUGUAUACGAAUAUUAUAACCAUUUCUCUGGUAUAGAUUUAUGUCCACAUUACAAUAUCCAUAUUAGCAUAUCACUUAUAACAUAUAAGCACUAUAAUAAUGUGUGUAUAAUGUGCUUUGUAGUUUAAGGUUUCUAAGUAGAAUAGUUUUUAAUUCUAUGUGUGAUUAAAAUAUACUCAAUUAAAUAAACUCAUGUGCUCAAA